AUUGACAAUUUCAGCUCAGGCCAUCGGGGAUCAACUUCUGCAGAAUAUCUCCUGAAAGCUAGAUAUGCAGUAGUGUUUCUUUAUCGCGAAGGAACCUACCAGCCAUUUUGCACAUCGCUUCCGAAUAAUCCUUUGCUCGAACGUUUGCAAGUUACUGACGAAUCAAAUAUUACAGCACGGCCACCAUAUGAGAAAACAGUCAAGGAAGCUAUAAGUAACAGUCAUGCGGCAACGAGCUGUGGCACCUUGUUGAAACUUCCCUUCUCUACAAUCUUCGAGUAUCUUCAGAAUUUGCAGUUGAUUGCAUCAUUAAUGAGCAGCCUCGGUUCACGUGCUUUGUUCUAUCUCGCUGCAGCAGUGUCUGAUUUUUAUGUUCCUUGGGAGAGCAUGUGCAUAAGACCAGUCCAGCUCCGGUCCUCUGGACAUGCGACUCGUCCAGGUUCCAAAGAUGCUGUCGGUGCUGAGGAGAGAAUGGGCUCCAAAGGCCUUUUGCAUAUCAUUCAAGCUAGAGACUGAUAAGGACAUUCUUCUGAAGAAAGCUGGUACGGCUCUUGAGAAAUACAACAUGGACAUGGUGGUAGCUAAUGAGCUCCUAACGCGUAAAGAGGAGGUCAUCGUCGUCCCCAAGGGUGGAAACAUUAUUGUUCAACGAGACAGGACGCUGGCCGGUGCUGAAGUGGAGGAGCCGCUGAUCAAACUCAUCGUGGGCCAGCAUUCUGCUUCUAUAAACUCAGCCGCAUAACUUCAAAUUGAGGUUUGAGAUGCACACAGCUGACAAAUGCAAAUGAUCCAAUCCCUUUUCUUUUCAGCAAUGAGGCCUUCAGGUAUGAAGAGCCAUUUACUACUGAUUACAUAUUUUGCUAACAUUUUCUAUAGAAGAAGAAGAAAGUAAUAUUAUGCAUUUUACACUUCAUUUUGGCUUCUCUGUGUUAUAUGUAUGAGAGUUAUUUCUGUUGUUUGCGAUGAUAUUCGAAUGUGAUGUCAUCUUGUACACGUGUCGACAGAAUUUGCGAUUUGCUAGCCUCUUGCCUAAUGAACAAAGAGUUAUUUAUGUGGUAAA